AAACGAUACAGACGCAUAAAAUUCAUUUUUAUGACUAUAUGCAGCAAUGUUUCGAUUAAGCUUAAGAUGUUAUUUUCGAAAUGGAAUCUAUUUUUGACUCGCGUGAGGAGUAAACAAUAUUGACCGGAUGUUUACAUAAUUUUUCCAACUUUCAUUUUAUCCAGACAGUAUUAAAUCAAACAACAACCAUGUUGGGAAUAGUAGGAAACACCUCCAUGUCUAACAGUACGACCCCGAGUAAAGACUUCAUAAUGGCUGGCUGCUUAAUUAAUUUCAACACAGUGGCAUGCAUAAGGAGCUCUAUUUUGACUUUCCUAGCAGUUGUUACGGGGAUAGUCUGUAUAUUUAAGGUGGUGCGACUCCACUUAAUGCACCACCCAGCGUGGCACCAGUAUGUGAUCUUCUACACCGCUUCACUGGAGUGCACUAUUGCCGGUGUACACUGGGUUUUGGUCCAGUACGCCCAGAUGGACUUUGUCCUACAGUACCUGAAGUUGAUCCAAUUCCUUGUCAUGUGUCACUUCUACUGGACGCUGGCCACUAGAGCUCUCAGGAGAGAAAGACUCACUAAAUGGUUUUUGAUUCCAUUCCUGAUUUUGGUGUGUGUUUACUUCACCGUCAUAGCCACCCUUGGAAUAGUCAAUGUAGAACCUGCCAUCACAGAAUGUUUACAGCCUUAUUGGUUGGAGUUAUCUGGGGCAGAGUUUGCCACUGUUCAGUUAUUUAUGGUCGCUGGUUUCUACAUCACUCGUCGCCUUAAUGAGAUCAGUACCCUCGAUUCUGUCAGGUGGUCUCAGAAGAGAGACCUCUGGUGCAUCAUCAUUGUUUUUGAAAUCUCAGCCUUCAUCGGAUUCAUGUAUGAUCUAACACUUCAGAUAAUUGGAAAUGAAUCAAAUGGAUGUGGAAACAUAUUUGGUGGCAAAGAAGAGCUCUUUUCAUCUGUUUUUCUGGUAUUCAUGGUUCUCAAACUUUUGCUGCCUAUCUGGGUUAUGUUGUUUGUGUUUCAAGCCACCCCCGUUGUAAAUGAACCAGAUGAUUUGGUACCAGCUCUCAGUGAUGAUGGGAAUUCCUUGUUUGGGAGUAUAGACGACCAUCAGUAUCGACAGCUGUACCACCCGACUGAGGAUUAUAACAGCUUCAGGGAUAACUCCCCCUCCCCAAAUCGCCCCUCCGUCAACAUCACAAAGAGCAGUUCCUCCAAUCUGGACCCGAUCAGGGAGGAGGGGUCGUCUGGCUCGGACCAAAAUAGGACGGCCACCAGAGGGCGUAGUCAGCCACAACGAGGCCCAGAGGCCAUCGUUGCCACCCGUCCACCCGCAGAGGAUGAGAGAGAAACGCCCCCUAGUCAGAGAGGAAAGUUCUAUAUAUAGGACAAGGUCUACUUCAUUGAUACUGGCGUAUAUUAUCACAAACUGUUAAUUUUGUUGAGAUGUGAGAAGUCUUUAAAGCUAUGUUGCAAUAUUGAACAUUGUUUGGUUUUAUAUUUUACUUUAUUUGUUGUGAGAUAGACUAGGAUGAAAGAAUGAUUGUCUUUAGUGAAAGGACAUUUGAAUUUUUAAGAUCUGUAAAUUUUGUACAUUUCUAUGAAUUGGUUAAGAAAUGUUUGAUAUA